GAAUAAAUAUGAUUUAUUGAUGUGUCGUAUUGGUGAUUUGAUAGUCGUCUAAUUUCAUAACCAUUGUAAUUGUACAUAUGUUGGCUGAAGAAAACUGAACUGAUUCUUCCGUUUCGCUGCAAAUCUGAUACUUAUUUUCGUGCUUCAAGUUCACAUUUUUCCAACAAUACAUAUUUUUCAUGACUAAUUAAAAUAUAACAAGUGAUCUUAUCUGUAAAUACCAUUAAAAUGACUGUGAAAAGAAGACAAGAAAAGAAAGUAUUAUAUGGCAAUGAAUCAUGGAACAAGAGAUUGUCUACCUUUUUCAUCUCAAAUUGGACUAUUAUGCUCAUCGUGAUCAAUUUGCUCAUCUUUCUCUGGCUUUUAAAGUCUCAGAAUCAAAAUAUGACUCCAGGUAACUGCGUGAAGGAAAAUCAAGACGUUUUCCAGUCUGAUUCGCCUCUUCAGUCGGUGCAGACAGCCCAAGCUGUUCGAUUUCCAGAUGUACAUCAAUCAGCUCUUCAACCCGAAGGCUGCUUAACACUUUAUUGGCAAGAUUUUUCAAAGCAAUUCAACAAACAGUGUUUUAGUGAUUAUUACGACAAUGACGAGAUCCAUCUACAGAGAGAAAUCAAUCGUUUAGCUUCAUGUUAUGAAUCUGUCAACAAUUUUUAUAAAAACCCAAAUACUUAUUUUAAUUUUUUACCUGUUCGCAUAUUUCCAUCUACACACAAAAAAAUCAUCUCCUUUUCAUUGUAUGGCUCAUCCGAUCGUUAUUUUGGUAGCAUUGUUAAAAUAAUUCGACUGUACAAGACUUUAUUACCGGAUUGGAUUCCAAGGUUUUGGCUUGGAUCAGACGUGCCUUUUAUCCUAGUCAAUCGCAUAAUCUAUGAAGGUGCCGAAGUAAUUAUCGUCUUCCAACAACCAAUCAAUGAAACAGAAUCAAGAAAACCAAGUUACCAUGGGAUGUUUUGGCGAUUUUUUGUUGCUGAUGAUGUUAACGUCGAGCGAUUUAUAAUACGAGACGCCGAUUCCAUGCCAAUUCAACGGGAAAUAGAUGCCAUCAACCAAUGGAUUCAAGAUAAAACAAUGUUCCAUGUAAUGAGAGAUCAUCCUCAACAUGCCAUUGAAAUAUUGGGAGGAAUGUGGGGAAGUUUGGUUAAUCCCACAGUACUCAAUAUUACACAGUUGUAUGGGAGGGCAUUAAAGGCUGGCUAUAGUGCACUUGACGGAAGAGGACCUGAUCAAGGUUUUCUGCAAAAAUAUGUUUGGCCGAUCGCUAAAACAAUAAUGACUUGCCAUGCAUCAUAUCGUUGGAAAUGGGUUGAUAACAGAGGAUGCAAAGAUUUUCCUACCCCUAGAGUGGGUAAAUCUUUUAUCGGAGAAAUAGUAGGAGACUACGGAAAAAAUAUUCCCAUUAAAUAGCCAAUAUUAAUAAUAUAUUAAUAUAAAUAGUGCAAUUUUUAAAUUAAAUUAUACAAAACUCGUUUAACAAAAUUCGUAAAACACCCAAUCAUUUACUUGCAGUAGAAACACCUCAGAGAUCUAAAUUAUGAUAAAAUCAAUAUUAGGUUUCCACUCAUGGUCGACCAAUUUUGAUUCUGUACAUCUUAUGAUCAUUGACUACAAAUUGGUUUUAGAUUGAAAAAAGGUGAAAUCAAUCAGUUUGAUCAUUUUAAUGGCAAAAUUGAUUUCCGACGAGUUUGUGUUCUGAAACAAGCAGAAGUAGCCUGAGUAACACAUGAAUUGACGUGUUGCUGGGUUGAUUUUGCUGAAUUUAUAAAAUGAUAUGACACAUAAUGUUGGAAAUACAUGACUUGUUGACAGAGUA